GUAUUUAAGCAAGUCUCGCAAGUUGUUAAGUUGGUAUGAAGUACCCAUCUAUAGCAAGCCUUUUCAUGCAUGGCUACUACUGUAUCCCAUACUGUUGUUUGGAAAGACUACCAAUUUGUCAUGGAAACAGAGCUCCAUUUUAAAAGACGGAAGCCACACGUUUUCUAAAGCAGACAGCGGUCUAGAGAAGCAAAAUACACAGCCCCAACUUUCCACAAAACCAUUAAACGACAAUUUGCUAAGAAACACACACACACUCUCAUCAGACAUAGUUCAGACCAGUUCACGCCCACUCAUGCAGUCAUGUCUCCAUCAUCCAUCUUCUCCUAAAUCCCUCCCUCUCUCCUGUCCAACUUCCUACUCCCAAACCAUACACCAUGACUACCUCCACUUUCAUUCCAUUUCUAUUCAUCCUACUCUUCUCUGCAGCAAAAUCUAACCCUGUUAUACUCUCUCUGAGAACAAAAAAGAUACCAUCUUUAGCUCUCAUGAAACCACCAAACAAGCUCCUUUUUCACCACAACAUCAGCCUCACUGUUUCUCUAUCUGUUGGCACUCCUCCCCAGAACGUCUCCAUGGUCCUAGACACUGGCAGUGAACUCUCAUGGCUUCUCUGCUCCAAACCCAAGUUCCAUCCUUUCGCCUCCUCCUCUUAUUCCCCCAUCCUCUGCUCAUCCCCUUCAUGCCGUUCCCAAGCCCGGGAUCUCCCCAUCCCUCCCAACUGCAACUCCACAUCCCACCUCUGCCAAGUCUCUCUCUCCUAUGCCGACGCCUCCUCCUCCUCCGGCACUCUCGCCACCGACCGCUUCCGUCUCGGAAACUCCCCAUCCCUUCCCACCAUCUUUGGCUGCAUCUCCUCAUCCUACUCUUCCUCCGUCGAGGACUCCAACACCGCCGGCCUCCUCGGCAUGAACCGCGGUGCUCUCUCUUUCAUAACCCAAACCUCCACCCGCCGCUUCUCUUACUGCAUCUCCGGCCGUGACUCCUCCGGCGUGCUCCUCCUCGGCGACCCCAGCUCCACCGUCCCCUUCUCCAUCCCCUUCAACUACACCCCAUUGGUGGAGAUUGCGCUUCCGCUUCCCUACUUCGACCGAGUCGCUUACUCAGUUCAACUCGAAGGCAUCCGAGUCGGCUCCGUGUUACUACCGAUUCCUAAAUCCGUUCUCGUUCCAGACCACACUGGAGCGGGUCAAACCAUGGUUGACUCGGGAACUCAGUUCAGCUUCCUCCUUGGCCCGGCUUACGAUGCUUUAAGAUCCGAGUUCUCUCGCCAGACACGUGGCCUCCUCAAACUCCUCAACGAACCAGAUUUCGUCUUCCAGGGUGCGUUCGAUCUCUGUUUCCGAAUCCCGGAACGAGUUCCGAUCCCGAGACAGAUCCCACCAGUGGUUCUCAUGUUUCGCGGUGCGGAGGUGAGCGUCACCGAAGAGAGACUGCUGUAUAAAGUGGCUGGCGAGAGGCGAGGGUUAGACGCGGUCUGGUGUUUCACGUUUGGGAACUCGGAUUUGGUGCCACUUGAGGCUUACGUCAUCGGCCAUCAUCACCAGCAGAACGUUUGGGUCGAGUACGACUUGGACAAGAGUCGGGUCGGGUUCGCUCCGGUCCGGUGCGACCUGGCUAGUCAGAAACUCGGUUUUGGAAAUUGAACAUUGCAUCGGAGUUCGUGCUCGAUGAUGUUUACUGGGCUGCAGUCUUUUCAGUUUGUGGACAAGCUUCACAUUAAGACCUAGGUGAGUAAGAACAAAAGCAAUGUCUGGAACAAUCUCAAGUCCUCGUCCUCACCAACGAAUGUGGAAAAUUUGACUUUGAAGAUGUAUACGUGGCGGCCAUGGGUUGUUUGGUCAACACGGAUGGCGUGAACAAAAACGCAUGCAUAUGUAUGUACGUACACACAAUAAAAUCCCCCACUGAUCGGAGUACGCCGGUUACCCCCCGAACCGUACAAGAUAGUUACCACCUAUCCGGGUUCCAUUCCCUUUCAGUCAUUGUUAAGAAGCCAAAAGUACACAUAUUCAAAUGCUCAACAGUGCUAAAAAAAUUGAAAUAUUUUUUUAUAAAAAAAAUUGUGUAAAUAAUUUAUCCUCGUUCAAGACAAUUUUUCACUUUGAUUAGUUGUUGAAUU